AUGGCCAAGACAACAACCCUCAAGGAGUUCGAGAGCGUCUUCCCCAAGCUGGAGGAGGCGCUCCUCGAGUAUGCCAAGGCAUACAAGCUGCCCGAGCAGAUGCUCAGCUGGUACAAGCAGUCCCUUGAGGUCAACGCUCUCGGCGGCAAGUGCAACCGCGGCAUGUCCGUCCCCGACUCGGCCUCCAUCCUGCUCGGCCGCCCCCUGACCGAGGAGGAGUACUUCCAGGCCGCGACUCUCGGCUGGAUGACCGAGCUCCUCCAGGCCUUCUUCCUGGUCUCCGACGAUAUCAUGGACUCGUCCAUCACCCGCCGCGGCAAGCCGUGCUGGUACCUCCAGGAGGGCGUUGGCAUGGUUGCCAUCAAUGACGCCUUCAUGCUCGAAUCGGCCAUCUACACCCUUCUCAAGAAGUACUUCAAGUCGCACCCGCGCUACGUCGACUUCCUCGAGCUCUUCCACGAGGUUACCUUCCAGACGGAGAUGGGCCAGCUCUGCGACCUGUUGACCGCGCCCGAGGACAAGGUCGACCUGGACAACUUCUCGAUGGACAAGUACACCUUCAUCGUCAUCUACAAGACGGCCUACUACUCGUUCUACCUGCCCGUGGCCCUGGCCAUGUACAUGCUCGACAUCGCCACGCCCGAGAACCUCAAGCAGGCCGAGGACAUCCUCAUCCCUCUGGGCGAGUACUUCCAGGUGCAGGACGACUACCUGGACAACUUUGGCCGGCCCGAGCACAUUGGCAAGAUCGGCACCGACAUCCAGGAUAACAAGUGCUCGUGGCUGGUCAAUAAGGCCCUCAGCAUGGUCACCCCCGAGCAGCGCAAGACGCUCGAGGAGAACUACGGCCGCAAGGACAGGGCCAAGGAGGCCGUCAUCAAGCAGCUGUACGACGAGCUCAAGCUCGAGGACCACUACAAGCAGUACGAGGAGGAGCGCGUCGGCGAGAUCCGCAACAUGAUCGACGCCAUUGACGAGGGCAAGGGUCUCAAGAAGCAGGUCUUUGAGGCCUUCCUUGGCAAGAUCUACAAGCGCAGCAAGUAA